AUGAAAAUACCCACCAGAGUGCGUUUCCUGGCUGUGCUGGGAAGUGCCCAACUGUUGGUCAUUCUGUUGGUGUACCGCGAGGGAUCACGUCAGAGGGUCAGUGCCAUCGUCAGUGCCCUCUGGAAGACAGGGUCAGUGCCCACCACCUCCCAGGCCAACAGCUCGCAGCCCGGAGAUAUCUACGCCAAUCUCAGCCUCACCACCCCCAUCGUGGUGGAUGAAGACCAGCUCCCGUCCUGUCCAUCGGUCUCACCGUACCUCAGUGGUCCGAUCCGUGUCACGUUCCCAAAGGAUCUGUCCUUGGAAGAGGUGAGGAAGAGGAACCCCAUGGUGCUGGCCGGGGGGUGGUACAAACCCCCAGACUGCGAGUCGAAGCACAGUACGGCAGUGUUGGUCCCUCACCGACACCGGGAGCAGCAUCUGAAAUACCUUCUGUAUUACCUCCACCCCAUGUUACAGAAACAGCAGCUCCAGUACCGCAUCUACAUCAUCCACCAGGCUGGGAACACUACCUUUAACAGAGCAAAGUUAUACAACGUGGGCUUUAAGGAGGCGAUGAAGGACACAGACUGGGAAUGUCUGUACUUUCACGAUGUGGAUCUUAUCCCUGAGGAUGAUCGCAACCUCUACACGUGUGAGAAAAAUCCCAAACACGCCUCUGAAUCUCUGGACACAUUCGGAUAUAAAGUAGUGUUCCCGAACUGCUUUGGAGGAGUUUCGGCGUUUACCCCUGACCAGUUCAUGAAGGUCAACGGCUUCCCCAAUAACUACUGGGGAUGGGGCGGAGAGGAUGAUGACCUCAUUAACAGGGUCUGGCUGAGCGGGAUGUCGGUAUUCCGGACUGCUCUGCACCUGGCCCGUUACAAGAUGGUUAAACACUCACGUGACAAGGGGAAUGAGGAAAAUCCCAAAAGAUGGAAUCUGCUGACCAAGACAAGCAGCACCUGGAAGCAAACUGGGUUGAAUAACCUCGAUUACGUUCUUCUCUCGAAAGAGUAUCUGCCUCUGUACACCAACAUCACUGUCGACGUCGGCACUGAGAAAGGAGGGCCCCAGCGAGCCCCGUGA